AUGGCAUCGGAGAGCAAUAGCCUUACAGCCGUCCAGCUGACCGACCUUUUGGAUGUUCUCAGUCAUUACGAGACCUAUAAAGAGAUUGAAGAAUUCAAAGCUCCUGGAGCAAUCUACAAUUACGGACCUCCUUUCCAAGACGACAUACCCUCCCCACAAGCUCCUAUAUUGCAAUCCCUACUGGCAAAAUUCGUUCUCAAAUUGCCUGGUCUCCGCGAUGUGCCGGAGCAAUUCUGGAAAGGCCACAUCGAGCCUUUGAUUCAAGAGCUGUCUGAAGCGGAGCUCAGCGAGAGUUACGACAAGGGCGUUUUGGGAAUCCGCAAGACUCUUGCUACCGCAAUUGCAGCUUUGAUCGAAUACCCCGCACGAGGUAUCUUGGAUUUUCCACGAAAGGAGAUUGACAGUUCCCGCACUUAUGAUGUAUCGAACCCCGAGGAUGUGCAUGCUGCUUGGCAGGACUGUGUGCAAGAACUGGUGUAUGGUGAUUUGAUCGAUCGACUGGUGAAACGGGUUGCGGAGACGGAGGACUUGUCACAGCACGAAUCCGUGGUUCAAGGCAUGCACGAAUUCAUUCUUGUAAAUCUUGCCUCAAUCAUGCACUACGCAUUAGUACUUUCGCCUGAGGGCGCAACUCUCGUUCGCAUGAUGGAGAGCGUGCACAACCUCUUGCCUUAUAUGGUAAUGCGACAGACGCUCAAAAUUGGAAACGUCGCGACGAUGCUCAGCGGUUUGGUGCGGGUGGUACUGGCCAAAGCCAGCAUAUCGAGCGUCACAAACUGGAUGGGUUUGAGUAGUGGAGCCGACGAAGGCAUGAACUUGAUGCAGCAAAUCAUCUCUCAAGUGCUCGGCUGGGACAAACGGGAGCUCAGGAAACGCGCGGAAAAGAUCGWAAAGGACAAAGAUGCACCUCCCAAAGAAGUUCGCGAUGAGCUGAAAGAUUGGAUCCAACGAAGCCGUGCGGAGCACGAAGCAUGUCGCGCGAGCAGUACGGCACAGGACAUGUCAAUCGUGGGAGUCAUCUUGUCAUUGUCGUCCCUAUCAGUCGAGCUUUCGACAUCGCAACACGAGAAGGCGAUGGAGUAUCUCUCCCUACAACUGGCCAUUCGAGAUCGCACAGAGAUCGUUCGGGUCAUGUGCAAACGUAAUCCUGACAUCCUAACGGCGGCUGUGAGACAAGGUGUCGAGGCAUACACGCCAAUGAUACGCCAUGUCCAUCAGGCUGUGAAUCUGAGCGAUACACUGUGGGACUUUGAACGCUUCUUAACCGACGUGCUGAAAACUGCCAAGCCCACAGGCGCAAAGGGCCAAGAACAGCCCGCGACAGUCGAAGAUUUCGUAGACCUCCUCCAUCGACACCAAAGCAGCGUCCACAAGUUCCUGCACCAAGCGGCCAAGAACGGCAAAGAAAUGGUGUCAUGGUGGCAAGAAUACGCCCACACAGCCGCACAGCAGUUCCGAAACGACGACAAGCCUCCUCCGAGCAAAGCCGUCAUUUCCGACAAAAUGGCAAUGGGAGGCGUGAAACAAGCCCUCGAAGCCGAAGUCGCCGCUCUGUCGGAUUCGGAUCGUAGGGAAAUUAUAGCAGAGCUCGAGGCGCAUCACCAGUACAUUGAUGAUUUGCGUGCGGCAUCUGCAGCUCGCAUCAGCGCUGUGAUUAAACGCACGCAUUCGACCCCUUUUGGUCCGGGAGCAUAUCUUGCGCGCUGGCAGCAACUCAUGGACAAGACGCCCGUGACGCCCGCGACUUUCAAUGGACCGGUUCGAUAUGGAGGGAGUCAAAGCGUCAAGGAUGUUGAUGGAAGUACGAGCAGUGCUCCUGCGGAUGCGAGUAAGCCACUCGUAGCACCGAAAGUUGAUACGACGUUGAGGUUGCUCGCGGAUAGAUUCAGAAUUGUGCUUGCUACUGGAUGA